CAAAGCUCUGUUUAAAGUUCAGCAGAACAUCAUCAUUCAUGAUAAUUUUAAUCCUUACAAGUACUUGGUUAAUCUGCGCCAUGCGGAAUCCUAAUUUUUGGUAUCAAGAACUGGUUGAUGCUUUUAGUGCAAGAGGACUACAAGGUCCUUUCUAUUUUCAAUGGGGUGCUGAUUUAAAAGUCCAGUACGGUACUGCGAUUACUCUUUUGGUGCUGAAUGUAAUUGGGGCUGCAGUAAUCAUCGUGAGAGACACCUUACGGGACUCCCCAAAACCACUUAAUUACAUAAGCUAUUUCUUUUAUGUCUUUUUCUUAUUUGCGUCGCUUUUAGAUGCCAUUUUGUUAAUAAGUCUUUUUGUCAUGUUAAUCUUUACUGUCAUUGUGCAAGUUCAAAUUUGGAAUCUUGUCGUCCAAGUUUUUCUGACGUUAUUGGUAUACGCUAGAGUAUAUUUCCAAGAACUUUGGAGCGACCGUAUCGCCUUGAAGUCUUUGCUUUUGAAACUUUUCAAAUUGGAAAGCCAAUUCAACGGAGAAAGUUCAGUCUCUACAAUAACAGCCGAAUCUUUGGAUAACGCAUUCGAGAAAUUAAAAAAUGGUGAGUUAUCUUUCUUUGCAUUUUGAACGAUUUAUCAAUACAACGAUUUGUUUUACGCAUGGAGCUUUCAUACACAUUUUAUAAAUGUAACAUACCAUAUCAAUCGCAAUAUAUAUAUAUAUAUAUAUAUAUAUAUAUAUAGAGAGAGAGAGAGAGAGAGAUAUUUUAAAAAUAUAUUAAAACAAAUGUUUCACUUUUGUUAGUCGACUCCCCGCUACCCAAUUAUUCUGUAUGUUAAUGACAGCUAUUUUUUUUUUAGCCUAUAAACUCAUACACAUUUUAUAUAUAAAACAAACAAUAUAAAUCGCAAUAUAUAUAUAUAUAUAUAUAUAUAUAUAGAGAGAGAGAGAGAGAGAGGGAUAUUUUAAAAAUAUAUUAAAACAAAUGUUUCACUUUUGGUAGUCGACUCCCCGCUACCCAAUUAUUCUGCAUGUUAAUGACGGCUAUUUUUUUUUUAGCCUAUAAACUCGUUCUACGGUGGAUCGUUGUCCCUUCUUAUGUCUAAUGACUCUACGUUGGCAAUGAAUUCCACCUCAGCUGUGGCUGUGGUUUUAAAUGCACCACAGAUGAAUCUCAAAGCCUUAAUGUGGAUACGGCCAAAUAUUUUUCAAAUGCAGUUUUCCUUUUAAAGUCUUGAACGGCGAUGCCGUGUUCCAAUCACUACCUUACACUACUCAGGAAAAGAACUCUGAGUGUGUUUUCUCCAGCGCUUCCAUGUGUGCAUCCUAGCCUUUUCACUGGGUUGAGUUAUCGGUCACCUUGGAGUUCAUGUCUUGUACAAAAUUGAUAGUGCAUUUUUAACUUUUGAAUCAUUUCGGCUCACAUGUAGAUCAAUUGAUUUUACCUUUGAGGGCCAUAUAAUUCACAUUGAGCACGAUUUCCUGCAUGAGAAUAUCCUAUUUUUAAAAAAAGUGAAUAGAACAUUCGGCGUUAAUUUUCAUCUGCCACCACUGCAUGUACCUAGAGAAAGCCAAAAUUUCACGCUGUAGUAGCUCUUGCAGUCAGUUGGCAUCCUUACUGGUAUUCCUGAUUACAAAGUCGUCCGCAUUCAUGGCCGCAUUAGUUGCUUAUAUCGAUGGUUAGUCAUAGACGAGAAAGUGUGUGAAAGUAAGGCCAGUGGUAGCCCCAUGUUUCAAAGUUUCUUACCUCGGAUUUUGCUGCCAAACUUUGUGUUGAUUAUUCGGUUUGUGAGAAAACAGGCAAGCCACCGGUUAGUUUUUUGUUUUUUUUUGCAGCUAUGCGUAGGCCUUGUGGCAAUUCACGUUUUACCAGCUACGCCUAGGACGUGUAAUUUUAACAAUACAUUGAAACUCCAAACUCAGUCAUAAGCAUGUGGUAGGCCAAAGAAUACAGCCACAGUAUAGGACAUUUUCUGGAGCCUAUCUGUUAUGGACUGGAGAAGACCGAGGACCUGGACUAUUGGUUGAUUCCCCUUCCGGGAGCCCGCCUGGUUUGUAUUUAGAGCGUUGGCACUUUCCAGGUAGCAAUAGAGUAUUUCAUUUACCGUUCUUUCAGCCAACUUUCCAAAGCACGACGGUAGCCGCUUGGGUGAUCGCUAUUUUCCCCUUGGGAGUAGGAAAAAUAUCCAAAUUCUUGGUAGGAUUCCUGUUACCCAUAAUCUGUUUAUGUCCUGGCUUUCGCGCCACGGUUUAUGACAAUUUCCUUGCAGGUCUUGUCCUGUCCUGGUGCCUUGGAUACCUUGCACUUGUUGAUUUUUUUUUAUUUACAGUUCCACCAGAGUAUAGGGUGCGGUGAAGACUUCGGCAUGAGGUCCCCACUGAUGGGCGUUUUUCCCCCCUCCAUAUUUGCUGAGACGGUUCAGUUUAUGGCUUUCUUCGGUCUCCCGCUGUUUAAGACUUACCUUAGUAGAAUGCCUGUUAAAGGCCAAAGCAGUUUUAUCAUCUAUGGCAGGCGUGCCUGUUACAGUUUGCAAGGGUCUUAGGUUUUUCUUUUUUCCCAUGCAAGUGAUAAAACUCUUCAAUGGUGAAAUCAUUUUUUUCAGACUGUCUGGUUGAGUUUUUAUACACGGUACAACCAAUUUUUCCUUCUUUGUGUUGAUAACCGCUUCCUGAACUUUAGUCGUCGGUCUGUUGUAAAAAUAUAAUUCAACUGCAAGGCAAUAGUUUGAAGACUUUUUUUUAAUGCAGGUACCAAUAUCUCAAAAUCCGUAAAUGCCUGAUAUAUAAUAUAUAUAUAUAUAACUUUUGAAAAAAUAUAUAUUUUUAAAAAAAUAUUUCCGGAGACAAGAGAGCUAUUUGGUACAUAUUUUGACAAAUUAUUUUUAUUAUACUCAAAGUACCCCAGUAACUUUGUUAGUAUGUGAUUGAGCUAAUAAUUAUUGUGAAAAAAAUACUAGAGGAAUACAAGUAGAGCAAAGUGGUACUUACUAACAAACAUAAGACACACAUAAGACGCGACACACAUAAGGCACUCAUAAGACACGCUUUGACUCACAUUUCAUUUAAAACUACUUUGGCUUCUAUCAUUAAAUUGUAUUGCCACCACAUUAAUGACACUUUUAUUUUACUUCCUUACUAUAAAUAGAUUACAACUGCGGCCAAGCUUCUGGAAGUAAUUCUGGCAUAAAAUUGACAGCCGACGAAAACUCUUUAAAACUACAACUCAACGGGACAUUAAUUUUCUUAAACAAAUUUGAUGUCCCAUCAAUCACUCAAAAUUUCUAUGACCAUUGCCUCAAUUUAGAAUUUCAAGGACACAAGAGGUGUUUAUGGCUUAGGGUAAGUUUCUUUAUUUUUGUGUGUUUUUAAUUAUUAAAUUAUUUGAAUUGUUGUGAAAUUUAUUGCAGACCGGCUUGUGAAUGAAACAUAAUGAAUAUAUUAUUUAAAUAAAUAUAUUCACAUCUUUUCUUUUUAAAUAUUUAAGUACGUCUUUGUCAAACUCCUGUUAACACGAAAUUGGUUAAUUCAUCAAGUGUUUACAUGUUGUAAUACGUCUUACUAGAACUGAAUCAACUCAAGUCCUUUUUUUAAAAUAAUAAAUGCAACGUAAAUAUCUAAUUAAAUUCACAGACUGCCUAUUCCUUCACACAAGGAUGGCGCAGCUCACUAUCAGAGAGAAAUAAAACAUAAUCUCCUUUCAUAGAGUUUCUUUCAAGACUGCCGCACGACUUAAGCGUACGUCACACAAAAGACUAGACAAUAAGUCAAAAUGAGCGUCAUCAAGUCAAGCGCGAGAAGAGCGUUCAUUAAAUAAUCAAUCUCUCAAAAACAUCGCGAGUAAUCAAAGAUGAUAAUCCAGUCUGAACAAUUAUUAUUGAACUCCAAUGAUUGGCAGUCUUACUUACUUAAAUAAAAGUUAAUACAAUUUAUUUGAUAGGGCCGAAAAAUUAGUGAGGUUUUCAUUUUCAUUUUCAACUUAGGCAGUGAGUUUAUCCCGAAUUCCAAAUUACCUUUAGAAUAGGUGAGGGUGGGCUCUCAUUUACUGGCUGGAUUCGCAUCAAACGUCGACAUAAAAACAUUUAUAGUUAUAUGUACCUAGCCUUCCAUCUGAGGAACAGUUACCUGGCUCUGAAAUUUUGUAUUCCUGGAGUAGGUAUAGAUAAAGCCAAUGGCUGUCGAAUAGCGAAUAAAUAUAAUACUAUGUUGCUGUAAAGUAAGGUCGUAAAGUACUCUUCUUCUAAUGCCUUUUUUACCCCAUUUGGGGCACAGGCCGUCCACAAGAAUUUUCCAUUCAUUCAUCUCAGUCCUGUGCUUUCCUGUGGCUUCCAGAUGUAUCCCAUACUGUUCGUGUCUGCCUCCAGCUCGCGUCUCCAAGUAUUCUUUGUCUUCCCCUCUAUUUUUUGCUUGUGGAUUCCUUUUCAGAGAUUGUCUGGUGAUGCUUUUUGGGGGUUUUCGGAGAGUAUGGCCUAUCCAACUUCAUCUUUUCUUUAUGAUGUCACCUAGUAAGUCCUUUGUAGUAAGUCAUUAUUGGUGAUGUCAUUUGGCCAUUUGAUGUUCAGGAUCUUUCUAAGGCAUGUGUUUGUAAUGGUCUGUACUUUAUGCGUAAAGUAUGACUGUUUUGACAUUUGUGUUAAAGAUUCUGGAUCCAAUUUGUUCAGAUCGCUCUCAAAUUCCCUAAAACAUGUACCUCAUAGCUUGCAGCGUAUCGCCAAAAGCGCCAUUACACAACUAAUCACCAUUUUAAACGACGGAGUUGGGUUGGGGGGCUUUGAGAGGUGGGGGAGUGUGAAAGAAUGUAAACUAUUUAUCGAACCUUAAAUUCAAGGGUUGUUUUUAUUUUAACAAAUCGAAUUUUACGACCUGAAAUUAUUCUCACUUCAAACUAAAUUGCAGGCUUUCUCAUCUUCUAAGGCAGGCCUACACAAUUCAAAAGGUAAAGCGCCGUAAAACUUUAUGAAAAACUUGUGAGGCUCGAAAGAAAAUUGGACAGUGGAAAAGCUAUUAAAAAAAUGAAAAUAAUACAGAAUUUUUCAUUACUUCGUGGGUAUAAAAGUGGAUGCAUGAGGGCCUGAAACACUCUUGGGCAGAUAUUCGUCCACAUCUAUAUUUCAAUUAGUGAUAAAAAUGAAUAGUUUAUUUAGCUUAAAUUAUGCAACUCGAGCGGUUCAUAGAUGGCCAAUUUCUACUCUAGAGAAAUACUUUACAUGUCUUGUGCUUAAAUUGUUAUCAUUGUAAAAUGUUGACUCAUUUAAAAUAUUAUUUAUUUAUUCGUCGAAAAUGAAUAUACACGAUAUAUUCCACCCAAAAUUAUUCCAUUUUUUAUCAAUAAAAGAAAGAUAUUUUAACUAACAUUCAUUAGUUUUCCUUAACCAUAUAUACUAGUUAAAAAUAUCUCGUUACCAUAAUGAGCGAACACAAUAAACUAUUAGGAGAAAAAAUACUCAUGUAAACUAGAAAUUAACACAGAAUUUUAUUUUCAGGUUCUGCGGUUCGGAAAGCUUUGUGUGUGGCCUCCAAUGAUGGUUUCUUUGGUGUUUAUCAGCAUUAUGGCGUACGGAGAUCUAUACCAUAUAUCCCCUUCAAACAGAUUCUUCGCUUCAUUUGUUGCCAUAAUCGUGCCGCUUGUGGUCCAGCACUUUAACCCAGGAGGUUCGUCAGGGAAAUCGAUCAACAAAUAUAACCGCAAGUGAGACUUUCAUAAACAUUUAACUUCUGUAAGGAGCAUUAGAUCGUAUCGACGAAUUUAACCGCAAGUGAGACUUUCAUAAACAUUUGACUUUUGUAAGGAGGAUAAGAUCUACCAUUUCUCAAUUUAUUAAACAGCGGUAACAAAUCUGUUAGUUGUUAUUGAUGAAGUUUUUUUAUAAACAUUUAUUGUUUUUUUUCCCAUUCAAAUGCAGACUUCAGCGUGAACUGAGGGAAGCCAUCAAUAAAUAUGAAGAGCAUUUGGUUGUACACGAUUUUACUGAGUCGGUCAUCAGACCUGCAACAACAGAAGAGAAAGAAGACCAUUUAAACUCGUUCUGUAAAGUCUACACAUUUCGGCCCGAGAAGAGCUCUAACCUAGUGUCUGUGUCAGCCCAUGCGGCUAAAACUUCUGGUGCACCCUUAACAAGUAUUCCUCCUAGGCAUCCCUCCGAGGGGUCAGUGCCCCACGAGGAAAGGCAAGUGCCUGCAACGGAGGAAAAUGAAUGUUAAAAAAUAUUUGAUUAAAAAGUAAAAAUCGUCAUUCUAAAACAUUUUAAAAAAAAAAGAAUUGUGACAGGCGCAAUCACUGAUUACAAUUAGUGGUAUGUAUGAAAUAUGGCUACGCUCGAUAUAUAUUUCAUGGUCCGUGUCUAAACGGCGAAUAGUUUUAGAGGCUAAAAGUAUUCCAUUAUAAAUAUCCUACUCUUCCGAUAAUUACACGCGCCUGAUUAUGAGGAGAACUCUUACUUCAUGUUUUCUCAUGUAUCUGAAGUUUUAGAAAGCUUAAAAAAUAAAUGUUUAUGUGAAAUAACAUUUGGAUUAUUAUGCCGAAACCAGUUUUGAUUCUAAUUUUAAAAAUAUUUCUUCUUACCCAAAUCGUCAAUUUGAAAACUAAUAUCUAUGUAAUUGAGAAUAGCAAAUGUGUUAAAGUAUAUCGAAGAGUUAAUUUGUAAUUUAUCUGUA